CGUUCAUCGUUCACCAGUCGUUAAAAGACAGCACAGUAGUUAGAACUUACAGUAACUGGGAACAAAUUUAAACACUAACCAUGUGCGACGACGAAGUAGCAGCUCUCGUUGUAGACAAUGGAUCCGGUAUGUGCAAAGCCGGAUUCGCUGGAGAUGAUGCCCCCAGGGCCGUCUUCCCAUCCAUUGUUGGACGCCCCAGACAUCAGGGUGUCAUGGUUGGUAUGGGUCAAAAAGACAGCUAUGUAGGAGAUGAAGCCCAGUCCAAGAGAGGUAUCCUCACCUUGAAAUACCCCAUUGAACACGGUAUCGUCACCAACUGGGAUGAUAUGGAAAAGAUCUGGCAUCACACCUUCUACAAUGAACUCCGAGUUGCUCCAGAAGAGCAUCCCGUCCUUCUCACAGAGGCUCCAUUGAAUCCCAAAGCCAACAGAGAAAAGAUGACCCAAAUCAUGUUCGAGACAUUCAACGCACCUGCUAUGUACGUCGCCAUCCAGGCUGUGCUGUCUCUGUACGCUUCUGGUCGUACCACUGGUAUCGUACUCGACUCCGGUGAUGGUGUCACCCACACCGUCCCAAUCUACGAAGGUUACGCUUUGCCCCACGCCAUCCUUCGUCUUGAUUUGGCUGGUCGAGAUUUGACUGAUUACUUGAUGAAGAUCCUCACUGAACGUGGUUACUCAUUCACAACCACCGCCGAAAGAGAAAUCGUCCGAGAUAUCAAGGAGAAACUCUGCUAUGUUGCCCUCGACUUCGAGCAGGAAAUGGCCACCGCUGCUUCCUCCUCAUCCCUCGAGAAGAGCUACGAAUUGCCCGAUGGUCAAGUUAUCACCAUUGGUAACGAGAGAUUCCGAUGCCCCGAAUCACUCUUCCAACCUUCCUUCUUGGGUAUGGAAUCUGCUGGUAUCCAUGAAACCACAUACAACUCCAUCAUGAAGUGCGAUGUUGAUAUCCGUAAGGACUUGUACGCCAACACUGUCUUGUCUGGUGGUACCACCAUGUUCCCUGGUAUUGCCGACAGAAUGCAGAAAGAGAUCACAUCUCUUGCUCCAUCCACCAUGAAGAUCAAAAUCAUUGCUCCACCAGAGAGGAAAUACUCCGUAUGGAUCGGUGGUUCCAUCUUGGCCUCUCUCUCAACCUUCCAACAGAUGUGGAUCUCCAAACAAGAAUAUGACGAAUCCGGCCCAUCCAUCGUCCACAGAAAAUGCUUCUAAAUUAUUAACACCUUCGUUAGGAUAUCAAAUAUUCUCUGGUGUACUUGUCAUAUCUUGUAUUGUCUCGCAUUUAGCGAUGAUAUUACUCUAUGUGCCUUGUAAAUAUCAGGAAUUUUUUUCCAAAAAAACAUUUUUUAAAAACGAACACUUUUAUUAAAAGCAAUCUGAAUCGCUAGUGUGAAACCAGAACUUAUUUUCCGAUAAUGUUUUUAUAUUAUGUAAAAUACAGGUUCUUUUUAAUUUAAUUUUCUGUUGGUUAUUAUUUUUUUGUCAUAAAAUAUUGAAGAUGGAUAUUCACUGACUGUCUUUCAUGAUGAGGGCGAAAAGUUAAAAGCUUAUUUUGUACACAAACACUGUCUCAGGUUUUUUCGAUGUUUGUAGAAGAAAAAUUGACUACAUGAACGUGUUUAAUGGGGUUGUACAUGUCACGUGAUUUGCUUGGACGAAUCAAAAAACUCAAUUAUUGUUAAUAAACUACGUCACUCCUCCCUUGAAGUUGUAUAAAAUGUAGACCUUCAACUGGGGCAAAUAAAAAAUUUGAAAAUAA